GCGGCAAACACUUACUUUCAUCCCUUUCACAAAACCAGGUCCAAUUCUUUCGCGAAGUGGCCCUCGAAGAAACCAUGCGUACUCUAUCCGGUCAUCUCGGCAACCGCAGCGGCCGCCUCCACUCCCGCCAUGGCCGCUGCUUCCACAGCCAAUGUCGCGGAGCUGGAGAGUAGGAAGCAUGAACUCCUUAGAGCCGUCCAGAACACACAACGCGGCAUCUCAGCCACCGCUGAACAGCGUUCCUCUAUUGAAGAGGCGCUGGUGAGUGUGGAGAAGUUCGGCGCGGGCUCCGAGGUGAAUCUUUCUACCCUUGAUGGCACCUGGAGACUUGGUUAUACUUCUGCGGCCGACGUUCUCGUCCUCUUCGAGGCCGCUGCCCGUCUCCCCAUCUUUCAGGUAGGGCAAAUUUUUCAGAAAUUUGAAAGGUCAACUACUGGAGGGAUUGUCCGUAAUAUUGUGCGGUGGAGCCUUGCAAACUUGUUGGAGGAGCAAGAAGGUGCCACGCUGCUGGUUAGUGCAAAAUUUUCUGUCCUUACUAAACGCAACAUAUAUCUUCUGUUUGACGAGGUAGCCGUCGAAAAUAUCAAAAUUAGCAAAGAACUUCAAGCUUUGAUUGCCCCUGCUAUAUUUCCUAGAUCAUUUUUAAGUCUACAGAUCCUUCAAUUCCUAAGAUCUUUCAGAGCACAGCUGCCUUUGAGUGGGCCUAAUAUAAGAUCUCCAGGAGGUUUAUACUACCUUUCAUAUCUGGAUCGUGACAUGCUAAUUGGCCGAGCGAUCGAUGGUGGUGGUGUUUUCGUUUUCACGAGAGCUCAACCACUCACAUAGAAAUGUUUCUUUUUCUAUGAAGCACUUCGUCGAAGCUUUGAGGACCCAACAAAAGCUUUCAAGCUGGAGAUGCCGUUAAGUUUUUGCCUUCUUGAUAUAUUUUGUCAAAAGCUGCUCAUACAAAUCACAAAAGCAGAUAUCUUAUGGUUCAGUUAUUCACAUUUAGAACUGUAAGUAAUACAUUCUUGCUCUGUUAGAUGCAUGGCAACUCCUAAAGCAUUUAGUAUUUUAAUAAUUUAACAUGAAUUAUGAUUCUAUACACU